AUGUCUCUCCAACACUAUGUCAACAAGAAGGUGCUGGUUAUGACUAGUGACUCGAGAACACUUGUGGGAACAAUGUUGUCAUAUGAUCAGAUGACCAACUUGGUUCUAUCAGAAACCAUUGAGCGUAUCAUUAGACCCCCAGAUGAUCCAGAGCCAUCGAGUGAGAUUCCUCAUGGACUUUAUCUGAUCAGGGGGGAUAAUGUCGUGGUUGUGGGUUUGGUUGAUGAGGAGCUGGAUGAUAGUAUUAGUUGGCUGGAGGUUCGUGGGGCUGUUAUAGGAGGGGUCAAGCAUUCAUGA